AUGCCCCUGGGCUUGACCCCCACAUUCUUGUGCUCCGAAUCCAUCCCCAUGUUUGUUCCAGAAGCUUCAAAGCCGCAACCUCGCUAUGAUUGCACCGAUGGCUUAGCUGUUUGGAGGAUGGAUUGGUCGCAAGAGAAGAUUCGGUCCUGCAGCCUCAUCAGCGUCACGGAACUGCGACAGCACCUGCGACCGAAGCUGACGGCGGCGGAGAUGGUGCAUGAAGCUGACCUUGAUGGAGACGGUGCCAUCAGUCAGGCAGAAUGGACCGCUGCGGCCACGCACGCGCGUGGGCCAUUCGUGAAGCCCAUCACAGAGCCACGCGCCGAAUUCGACGCCCUGGCCGAGUUGGCUGUUAGAUUGCCCCAACUCAGCCUUCAAGUCCAUGGACGUGAGCCAGGAACUGGUUGGGCGUCCACUUCCGCACCCGCGCGACCCGCACACCGCGCCAUGGUGGGGCAACGGCUGCAGAAAUACCUCGCGGACUUCGGCCUGGAGCCGCGCGACGUGGGCACCGUGAUCACUACCUUCCUGGGUGCCAAGUACGUGACCCUCUGUGUCUUCAUUGGUUUCGGCGCUCGGUUUCAACCCAUGCGACGUCUCUUCCCACGCCCCAGUAAUGGCGCGUGGACGCGAUGGACCCAAGUGAAGAGUUGGGCCAUCAAGACCCCCCCGGCGCAAUCUGCAAGGACCAGAUGGGGUGGAUGGUACGGUUGGGCAGCGGAGCACUACUGGCAGUUGUCCGAUAAGAUGCAGGCAUCGCUUGACAAGAAUCGCAUCUGGCAGGUUUUGGCCUCCAAGACGGGCAUGAAACCGGGCCAGUUGGUGCUCGGUGUGGCGGAAGGGACGAUCCUAUGCAAAGUGAGUUUUCCAAUCUGGGGUCCUUUGGAGCUUUGGAUCAUCAUGAACGUCUUGCGGCGCCGGCGGCGACAGACGGCGGAUCUCUACGAGGAGUAUUCCCGAGCGGCAGAAGCCACGGAGGAUGCAGCCAAGAUUUCGCCGGGCUUCCUGUGA